GUGUUCUUGACAUUCGUGUGUGUAAUAAUUAAUUCUGCUGGAAAGUGAACAAUAUACCUAAGUGAUUUCAGUGACAUUCUCGAUUGUAUUUUUAUUGAUACCACUGGUUUAAAAUAUCGGACAUUUGUUUAUUGUAUCAACCAUGACUCCAGUCUGAAGACGGUGUAAGUGUGUUCAGAAGUUGAGCAGCACCUUGGCCACUAUGUUCCAGAAACCAACCUUCGGAGCCAAUUCCUCGGGCUUCGGCUCCUUCAAUGCGGGCGCAACGACAUCCUCUCCCUUCGGCGGGGGCUUCAAGAGCACCACCAACAGCGCGUUUGGAGCCCCGCCGGCCUUCGGGGCCGCCGCGCAGCCCGCCGCCGGGGGCGGUUUGUUUGGUGCGACCAACACUUCAAGCGGAGUCUUUGGCACGACAAACACAUCUGGGUUUGGUUCAGGAGGAGGCUUCGGGGGGUUCGGAGCCAGCUCGUCGGGUGGGGGCCUGUUCGGGGCCUCGCAGCCCGCUCCGCUGUUUGGGGCCCAGCAGCAGCAGCCUUUCCAGGCGAAACCAGCUGGUUUUGGGUUCGGCGGCACAUCAACGAGUACAGCGGGUGCCGCGCCAGGCUCGACGCUGUUCGGCGCCGCGCCGGCCGCGGGCGGCAUGUUCGGCCAGCAGCCCGCCAUGGGCGGCACGCUGUUCGGCAAUAAUACCGGAGGCUUCGGACAACAGCAAACUGCCACGGGUACAGCUCACGCGAAAUACAACCCAGUGGUCGGCACCGACGUGGUCGUCAAGUCCGGGACUUCGCAGAACAUCAACAUCAAGCACCAUUGCAUCACUUGUAUGAAGGAAUAUGAGAACAAAUCUUUGGAAGAGCUGAGGCUUGAGGAUUACACGGCGGGCCGCAAGGGGGCGCAGGGGGGAGGGGUGUUUGGUUUUAGUCAGCCGCAGGAGAACAAACCACUUUUCGGCGGUUCCACGUUCGGCGCGCCGGCCACGACGAGCGCGGGCGUGUUCGGCGGCGGCGCGCUCGGCGCCUCCUCCGCCGGCUUCGGGAACACCAGCACAUUUUCAUUCGGCGGCGGCGCGCAAAACACGACGCAAACUAAUUCCUUGUUUGGAGCCAGCAAACCUGCCUUCGGGGCCACCUCCACCGUCGGUACUGGCUUGUUCGGAGCGACAACCACACAGACCCCUACAUUCGGCACUACCACGUCUACUUUUGGAGGGUUCGGGACAAACACAGCCACACAGCCAAGCACAGGGCUGUUCGGUGCGAAGCCGGCCACGACCGGUUUCGGCGCCACGCCCAGCUCGGGCUUCGGCUCCUUCGGCGCGGGCGGCGGCCUGUUCGGCGCCAAGCCCGCCGCGCAGCCGCCCGCCUUCGGCCAGACCGCACCCGCAUUCGGCUCCCUGAACACAUCUGGUUUUGGCACAACGACGAGUACCUCAGGCGGUCUGUUUGGGGCCAACAACACAUUUGGCAAGCCUGCGACACAGCCCACAUUCGGCUUCAAUCAGCCCACGCUCGGUGGCGGUCUGGGCACCAACACGUUCCAAGCGAAGCCGGCCGGGCCCGCGUUCGGGUCCCUCGGCGGAGGCUCGCUGUUCCAGCAGCCGCAGCAGCAGAACACCUUCAAAACUGAUGGCUUAGGAGGCGGGCUGGGCGGCGGUAUGUUCGGCAACACGAGUGGUCUCGGCGGCCUGGGUGGUCUGGGCACGCAGCAGACAUUCGGCACGAAUACCAGCUUCAUGGGACAGAGCGGUCUAUCAGCGGCCCCUCAAAACAACGUGCACGAGCAGAUACUUUCGCUAGUCGCUCGGCCCUACGGUGACUCGCCGCUCUUCAAAGACUUGGUCCCUGAUUCCACAACGGCGGAAGAUGCUCUAAAACCCACUAACCCGGCGGCGGUCGCGGCAGUCCUGGCCAACGACGCUAACUACAGGGUCGGCUCCUCUGUCUCGCGGCUCAAAGUGUUGCCCAGGGCCACCUCGCACCCACAGAAAUCUCUGUUCGACGGUCUGGAAGAGUACGACGCGAGUUUAGAAGACCAGCUGACGCUGAAGCCGAGCAGAAAGCGUCUCGUACUGAGACCCAAGAACACCCACACACCGGAACUAGAAACACAAAACAGAUCUUCGGACGAGCAGAACCACAGAGACGUGCCGACCCAGACGGAGAAAGAACGGACGGAGGUGACCUCUAACGGGGACCCGGACGGACGACGGAGCCUCAGCAAUAAUAACAAUAUAGAACUCAGUUCAGAGAAACAUGCCAGUUGGCUCAGUUCUCCAAAGGCUCCAUGGAACGAUAAGGACAAGCAAAGCGAGGAAGAGCCUACUUCCCGACUCUAUCCUGAUUUAGAUAAGGAGUUACCGCCACAGUUUCCCGAACGUCGGUCCAGUUGGCUGACAACGAAGCCCCUUCGGAAACCGCUGGCCUCCGCCGCCGAAACGUCAGCCGAACAUUCAUUACGGGAACUCGGCGUCAGGAGCGAGAGAGACAAGGAGAACAUCGACAGCUUGUCCGUUUCAGAGGAGGAGAGUAUGGCUCGCGAGCCGCCACCCGCCGCGCCGCACCCGGCCGGCGUCAAACUAACCAGACCUGGCUACUACACCAUACCAUCGUUAGAAGAGAUGGUCGCAUACAUGCGUCCGGAUGGUUCGUGCGUGGUCCCACACCUGACUAUCGGUCGAAAGAACUACGGGAAUGUGUUCUACGACUGCGAGGUCGACGUUGCCAACCUAGAUCUCGACGCGCUAGUACAUUUCCUAAACAAGGAGGUGAUAGUAUAUCCGGAAGAUUCAGACAAGCCGCCAGUAGGCCAAGGGCUGAACCGGCGCGCCGUGGUCACGCUCGACCGCAUCUGGCCGCGGGACAAGACGGAGAAGACCCCCAUCACGGACCCGGAGAGAUUACUAACGAUGGACUACGAGGGCAAGCUGCGCCGUGUGUGCGACAAACACGACACUAAGUUCAUCGAGUACCGCCCGCAGACCGGCAGUUGGGUGUUCCGGGUGGAGCAUUUCAGCAAGUACGGCUUAACCGAUUCCGAUGAAGAGGACGAUCCAACGCCGAUCGUGCUCAAGCGGCAGCUGGUCAACGAAACUUUGCAGAAAAAUGCUGCGCCAGCUCAAAUACCACCAGUAUCAGCAGCGCCCGGCCUCGGCGGUCUCGGCCCCGGCCUCGGAGGCCUCAGCAGCUUCGCCGGCCCCGGGCUCGGCGGCCUCGGCCUCAGCGGGCCCGGCCUCGGUGGCCUCGGGGCGCCGGGAUUGGGAGAUGAUAGCUUGUAUGCUAUGCAGCAUACGUCUCUUGAUCUGCUAGGACAGGCGGGGAAAGCCUUUGAUAUGGACACGACAGAAGACAAUGGCGAGCCUCAGAGCCUCUACGACUCUACCAGAGGUUUCGGAGUGAAGAGUCCCACAGCAGAGCUGGCGCGGUUGGAGAACAGACAGAGCCACCAUGUUCAAUUGAUGAAGGCGUCCAUUUACGCUGAUGACAUGGAUAUGGACGACGGCACGUCAACGUCGACGGGCGACCAGCAAGUCCCCGCGCCGCGGAGCGUGUUCCGUCUGGCCCCGCGCGACAACUUGCCCCCCGUCGUAGAGGAGACCGGGGCAUUGGUGCACUUACCUGACAUAUCGACCGGCGUGGAUCUGCCUAUGCGGCCUCUCAUCGUGAAUCCAGAGAAAAUAGUACUCAAGUACCAUAGGAAAGUGCUGCCGUUCAAACUGACUAUAGCUGGUAAACUGGACGCGGCUUGCAUAGCGGAUCUGUCAGUGAGUCGCGCGCGCCACAGUCGCGUGGGGUUCGGUCCCGGCGGCGCCAUGGUCUUCGCGUCCACGUAUGACGCACUCGUCGACCUGCCCAGAGCGGCACAGCUGUCAGAGAUCGGCAAAUACGUCGCGGGGCGAGCUGAAGACGACUGGAGCGAGCCGGUGGUCGCCAGGCUGGCCAUAGGACAAACUGACACCACAACCAACUUUAUGGCCACGCUCACCAAGCAGAUGGAAACACUCCUGGAGUGGUCGACGUCUUUACCCGCUGAGGAAUCAGCCGGGGAGCACUGUCCGCGGCUCACGCUGAAAGAGGCGCCGCGGGACAGGAGGGAAGCCCUGCGGGCGCUGCGCGAGCACGCGGCGCAGGACCGGGACAGGAAAACUAAGUUUGGCGUGUCGGGAGCUUACUGCUACGAAGUGUGGACGCUGUGCGAGGCUCUGUGGGGCGCUGACUUAGAUAACGGCGGCGUUCCCGGUACAGAUGACUUGUCUGUAGUGAACCGUCACCGGGAGCUGCUCCGUUGGCUGACGGAGGCGGUGGCCGCCAUCACCGACCGCGAGCUAGAGCGGCCGUGCAAACCGGAGCCGGAGGAUGAGACAGACGGGCACAGUGCGCGUGUAUGGACCCUACUAUUAGGCGGACGGUUGCUGGAGGCCUGCAAGGUCUCUAGAGACCACGGAGACAUGCACAUGGCCACGCUCAUCGCGCAAGCGGCUGGAGACGGCGUAUUCCGCAGCCUCAUAGCUCGUCAGCUGUCUCAAUGGCGAGAGUGCGGAGCCGAAAGCGCAGUGUCAGCCCACCGACUGGCCUCCUUACAACUCCUCGCCGGCUUGGAGAGCCCCCGGACCAAGCUUAUGGAGGGAGACUGGCUGCAGACGCUACAUGCCACUGCCAGAUACAUCUGCGCCCCCGUGCCCUCGCUCGAGCACGUGGUCCGCACGUACGAGAGCUUCUUCGUAUCGGAGCCGGAAGGCGAGGCCGACCUCACCACAGUGCUCGACGAGCAGGCCGAGCUCAAGUGCCCCCUGCCCCCCUAUAUGGGGGAGUAUGACGUCACCGUGCACGAUAACGGCAAGCAACGCCGCGUGCUCGACCUACGCUACGAGUUGAUCAGGGCUCGAGCCUUCAACCACCGCCCGAAACUGCACCCUGCCGCCUACACCCCCGACCCUACCGACUACAGUUUAAGUUUCCUGCUCGGCGUGUGGUUCGGGAGCCCCUCUAUAGAGAGCAUCACCGGGGUCGCGGAGCAACUAGAGGCGGCCGGAGCGUGGCAUCUCGCCGUGCAGGCGCUGGCUCACCACCCUAACGAUGCCGCACGGGGCCAUUUAAUCCGCGGCGUGCUGUCCCGCCACGCGCCGGCGCGCGCCGACACGCCGGAGCUGCGCGCGCGCCUGGAGCUGGUGGCGGCGCUGCGCGUGCCGCGCCGGUGGCUGCUGCUCGCGCAGGCGCACCGCGCCAAGUACGAGCACCUACCGGCGGUGGAGGCGGAGCACCUAGUCGGAGCGGAGCAGUGGAACGCCGCGCACAAGGUGCUGCUAGAAGAACUGCUGCCCGAAGCUGUGUUGGCCGAUGACCUGCGCAGUAUAGCACCGCUGCUCGAGCAGCUAAACGAGGCCGCGGGACGUCACGAGGUCAGCGGCUGGCAGCGCGGGGGGCAAGCGCUGCACCACUACAUCCGGGUGUGCGACGAGAUUCGUAGCCUAGUAUCGUGUAUGGAGGCCGACCGCGAGAGCGUCCAGACACGCUUAGAGGCCUUGCGGCCUCGCGUGGCCGCCGCCUGCCGCGCCCAAGCGGGUCUCACUGUCAAGACCCCGCGGCACUCGGCGGCGCGCGCCGAGAUGGGCGCGCGGCUCCUGCAGCUGGCGGUGGCGGCGCGCGAGCCGCCGCAGCACCUGGCCGCAUUAUUGGCCGCGCUGCCGCUGCCGCCCGACUGCACCGCCACCGCCCGCCAGAAGAUCACGAUGGAGCUCGCCGAGCAGGCUUCAGAAAUGUGCAUAGAAUCGUCAGACACAUCCCCACACAGACCCACGAUACAGGCGUAAACUACUAGCGGUAUUAAAUAAAUAAUAGUACUAUACUGCAAAACGUAAUUCAAGACCAAAAAAGUAAGACAAUGUUCCCACUGCAAUAAUUUGUUUGUAUAAUAGUAAAUUCGUUUUGAUAAAUACUCACGCUAUGAUAAUUUAUUUAUUAGUAACUUUACUCCUACGAUUUAAAAAAGUACUUCUAUUUACUUAUUUGUACAUAAAUACAAGGCGCGCUAGUAAAAAAGUGGCAACAUUUCUUACUUUUUUUUUGGUCUUGAAUUACGUUUUGCAGUUUACGUACAGAAGGUAAAGCUCUGGUUUCCUAGGAUAGCGUUGCCGUCAUAUAGCGGCCGUCUCAAAAUACUACUCAUCCUUGUUUAGCCGUAUUAUUUUGUAUGGAGACGGCUGCUAUAUGACGGAACCGCUAUCCUAGGAAAACCGAGCAUUACAAAACGCGUCUAUUACGACAGAUAUGGCCGCUAGGUGGCGCAAGCGCGAGGCGUCCCACACAGACCCACGAUACAGGCGUAAAGUAGUAGCGGUAUAAAAUAGUUGUGGUCAAAGAAUAGGGGGUAUUACUGCAAUGUUCUGCCGCCAGAGUGCAGCACUAUGCUAGCUAGUUAACCGAUUCGGAGCUGAUGACACGCAUGCCGUGUCAUCAAUGUUUUUUUACGUGUGGCGUAUGACACGGGAGGAGUGUCAUCAUAUUAUAUGGCGCAUGGCAUGGCUGCCGUGUCAUGAAAUGAUUAUUCCGCGCCACAGCUUAUAAAAGUUUUCGAAAAUGGAACGCGCAACGAAUCGGUUAACCAUAGAGUAACUUUAUACAUAAACUGUUUUUUGAUAAGUUUUCACAGACAAUAAAAUAUGACAUCAAGGCGGUUUGUUAACAAGAGCCUAGCGGGAAACGCGUAAAUCGAAAGUUAGUUAUCUGUCUCUCUAUCAAUCGAAUAGGCAAGAGUGAUAGAGAGGCAAUAACCGAACUUUCGAUUGUCGUGUUUCACGGUAGGCCAUGCGAUUUAGCUAGUGCCGCCCUCUAUGCAGAGGUUUGCGUAAUAUUCCCUAUUUCUUGUGGAAGACUAGUAAGGCUCCGUACAUUCGAUAACUCUGGUUGUCAAAAUUUUACGUUUGACAAUCCAGUUAUCAAAAAUCAUGGCGCCAUCUACUUCAGCUACCAAACUCGGGGCGUUCAUACCCACUUAUUCAUAAAACUUUACGGGCUUGAUUUAGUUAAAUUAUGUUUUAUGGACCCGGGUAAGUCCUUAAACCACGUCCAAGACCACCGGUGGACGGGCAGCAGCAUCCCUCAAAUUCGGUGUACUCGACUGCGAUCGC